GUGAGUUAGCAAUGGCACCCACUUCUAUUCAUAUAAUCAGAAAUCAUCACUCUCUCUCUGAACAAGAAAGUAUGAGUUAUCAACGGCACACAUUUCCAUUCAUAUAAUCAGAAAUCAUGAGUUACCAAUGCUACCCACUCGCAUUUACAUAAAGAAAUAGAUGAAGCAUAUGCGACACAUGAACUGAAAAGGCCAUAAAUUGCAAUUCCUUUUCCUCCCUUAACUUUUCGGGCAGGUAUCUGGAGCAAUCCCUCAGAAUUUCUUGUUUUCCUGGAAAUCAUGAGUUACCGAUGCUACCCACUUGCAUUUGUGAAGGAUAUGGGACACAUGAAUGGGGUGGGCUAUCAGUUCAUCACUACAAAAUUUUUUAUUCUUUCCGUAUCUUUUCACUAUUGGGAACUCUCACAUUUCUUGGCUUCUUGGCAUCUUCUCUCUUCUUUAAAGAGCUGCCUCUCUCAUCUCCUCCCUUUCAUACCUACCAGAAAUAACCACAAGCACCAGAGUGUUCAACCUGCACCAGAAUGCAUCCCUCAAGCAGGGGAUCACAUUCAAAUCUAGAGCCAUGUGAUGACCUCAACACUUCCUUCAUUGAUGAGGAUUACAUAGACAUGGAAGUCCACUCCACCACCUUCCUCUGUUACUCCAUCAACUCCUCUCCGGAUUUUGAAUUCAACAUGUCUGUCCAAGAGAAGGAUUCACUCACUUCACCUGCUGAUGAGCUCUUCUAUAAGGGCAAGCUGCUUCCUCUCCAUCUCCCACCGAGGAUUCAGAUGGUGAGGAAGCUCCUGCAUUCCUGUGAUCAGGAGAAGACAUCCCCACUUUCCUCUCAGGGUGCCACUCCAUAUGAGUCAUGCAGUGUGACCCCAUUUCAGUUUUGCCAAGUCAGUGGAGAACUGAACUCAGAUGAGUAUUUCCACGACUGCACCAUGAACCUUGGUAGCACCGCCGAUGGUGCUGAUGUGACUUCUUCCUCCUCUUGUGCCAAGAAAGCAUGGUGCAAGAAACUGAAGCUGAUCAAGCAGUUGGCUUUUGGCGGCAAGCUGAAGGCUUCGAAGGCGUAUCUUAGAUCUCUUUUUGGUAAGUCCGGGUGUUCUGAAGGCCAAUGUACCGCAGCAGUUAAAAAUAACUCAAAGUGCAGGAAAGAAAGUCUGUUUCGGGUCGAUACUUCUGCAGAAAAGGCGAUGAAGGAUUGCUUGAAGAACAAGUGCACCAAAGUGACUAAAAGAAACCCAUUUGAGGAGAUGCAGAGAGAGAGCAGAAAAGCACCAAUAAAGGAAGAUGCAGGCCACAGGAAGUCUUUCUCAGGUGCCAUUAAGGCGUUGUCAUUCUCUGGAGUUAAUUCAUUGUCGUCUCCUUCUUUAUUGUCCUUAACUGGGGAGACAGACGGGUAUAAUGGCUUGCAUUUACUGAAGAGGAGCAGCAGCGUUAAUUCUGAUGUUGAGCGUUCGAUACAAGGAGCCAUAGCUUACUGUAAACAAACGCAGUUGUUGUGUCCAAGGCGGAGCGCCAGUGAGGUUGGAUUCUUUAGUUUGACUGCUGCUUCAAGAGUGGCGGCCAGCGAAACCAAGGAAAGGCCUGGGUUGUGCAGAGGAUGAUCUCUUGUAGAAUCUGAAACA